UUGGAAUCGACGUUCCUAAAUUCAUUCGAUUGUUCGCUUACAACGCUACGAUUUCCCCCUUUUUCUGCCGCGAAAUCCAACCGACUGCCAGUACUAUAUUCCUUCACCCAUCGCAGCAGCUGGUCACUCUCCCCCACCGAGCGGAACCUUCUCAGAUGAAGCAGCAGGGAACCUGGCCACCGAGAUCGGACGGUCACCGUUUCCGCUCAUUUCCGAUGCCAGAAACCAGACUCGAGCGUCGUAAAUCCGCCGCGGGGCCGUCCGGACACAGUCAACGGCCGAGGCGGAUCGAGCUGAGGUCGUCGCCGUCGUCGUCCACUUCGAAGGUGGAGGAUCAUGGAUUCGCAGCGCUCCCAUUCGACAUCCUCACCAGAAUCGCGGCGCCGUUCACGCUACCCAACCUCCAGGCUGCGUCGCUGGUGUGCAAGUCGUGGAGCGAAGCGCUGCAGCCGUUGAGGGAGGCGAUGCUGCUGUUAAGGUGGGGGAAGCGGUUCAAGCACGGGCGAGGAGGGGUGAAAUCGGAUUUGAACAAAGCGCUGGAUUCCUUCCUGAAGGGGGCAGCUCGAGGGUCGAGCUUGGCGAUGGUUGAUGCCGGACUGGUGUAUUGGGAAAUUGGGGAGAAGGAGAAGGCGGUGGGGUUGUAUCGGAAGGCGGCGGAGUUCGGCGAUCCUGCGGGGCAGUGUAAUCUCGGGAUCUAUUACUUACAGGCUAAGCCGCCAAACGAAACAGAAGCCGUGAAAUGGUUGUUUCGAGCUUCAAUUGGAGGGCAUGUUCGUGCUCAGUAUCAACUCGGUCUGUGUCUGCAUCAGGGUCGUGGGGUCGAAGGCAGUCUUCAGGAGGCGGCUAAGUGGUAUCUAAGAGCUGCGAGAGGUGGGUAUAUUCGAGCAAUGUACAAUGUUGCGCUGUGUUACUCGGUAGGAGAUGGUUUAUCCCACAAUCAUCAACAGGCAAGGAAAUGGAUGAAGCGAGCAGCUGAUCAUGGCCACAGCAAAGCUCAGUAUGAGCAUGGACUAGGCCUCUUCUCCUGGCAGGAAGGAGAUAUGGUGAAAGCCGUGGUUUAUCUGGAACUGGCAACUCGAGCAGGUGAAACGGCAGCAGCACAUGUCAAGAAUGUGAUCGUCCAACAACUGCCCGUUAGCUCACGCGAAAGGGCCAUGGUUCUUGCGGACAGUUGGCGUUCAAUCUCUUCUUCAUCGCAUUGAGUUGAGUUAGUUGGGAUUGCAGGCUCGGCCAUUCAUCAUCAUCCAUGGUGGUUCUGGAACGUGUAGGGUGAAGAGGCAUCCGCCCUGAUUGGGAAGUGAGCUUGAUUUUCAGUUGGCCGUCUAGCAGAAAGCCAGCUCAUCAUCAUCCGCCAUUUUGCUCCUCUUCCAGUCCAGUCGAGAGCAAUCAAAUUAUUAUUGUACAGAAUCUGUGGCCAAAAUGCCGACGAGUCGACAAGACAAUAUCCCGCUCAAUCCUCUCUCAGCCCUUUGAUUGAUUCAUCUCUCUGGUGGCCUGAUGAUAAUACGCAUUGGAUACGCUCUUCCUUCUGUCUAUCAAUCAGGUUUUGAGCUGGCGCCUUUUUUAUGUUAUUGUCUCGUCCCACUGGUUUUGUGUGUAUGUGAUGAUGACAGUCCAGAGUAAUCUUCAGCUUUGCUGUCUUUCUUCUUUUUUCUUGUCUCAUAAUAACAUUAGAUACGUCUAUAUUAUAUGUUAUACAAUAGCCAUGAAUAUGUCCCCGAGUUGUAGUUUACCUUCCCCUUGUACAUAACAACAGAAUCAUGCAUGUUUCGUUACUCAAUAGAGUAGAAAGCUUCUCUUUUCCCCAUAAUUUAGUAGGGGGC